ACCCAGGGUGGAGUCUACAAGGUUUGGUCAGAAUCUAUGUCUGAAUGCUGGUCGCCAAUCACAGUGCUAACCUCCUACAGCUCGUGCUCGCGCUCAUCACAUUUCCACUUGAAAACCACUGUCCUUGUCGGUGCUGUCUGACGUCGCUAGUGCAUCCUUUCCUAGACACGAGCAUGACUGCGCUGUUUGGCCCAGGUGAUGAUGCCUGCACGACGCUCGUACAUACGUGGCUUGAUGUGAGGCAUAGGACGAAGUGUAUUAAAGGCGCAGCUGAAGAGCAACGGACUGGUGCUGAAGCACCUUCCAGAGUGGGAAUCAAUCCCUGGAUUUAAUCCAGCGUGUUUUGCACAGCUUUCAUCGGAGUCACAUUGCCCUUAUCAUA